AUUGAACGCGCAGUUGCCGUUGAUGCGGGCAUCAGGAUUUUGCCGAAAACUGAGGAUGACUACCGCAGGAUCGUUCGCCUGUUCAGGGAAGAGGACGUGCCCCAUCAUACGUUCCCUGCUCCUGCAGGACGAAAUAUUCACGCGGUAGUCAGAGGUAUACCCGCAAUGUUUUCGGAACAGGAGAUCAAAGGGGAAUUAGGACAGAGGGGAUAUACUCCUCUCCACAUUAUCCGACUCAAACGCAGUGGCGGCGCACCCAUUGGUGGUC